GAAAUCGCGCUGAUGGUCUGUCACAUUAUUCUCACUGACACCGUCUGAGCGCAGGAGUACCACGCCAAAAGACCAGCUCUAAAACACUUCAUAACACACAGCUCCGGUGUUUUUAAUCUGUAAGUGUUUUCUGGCGUGGAAUCGGAGAGGAGGAAGUGAGAGAGGGGGUCUCAUACAAGCCGAAAGGAAAUGCCAAUCGCCACUACUGGUCUUUCAGCGUCCCGAGAGCCCUGCAUCUGUUCCCCGGACCCCGUCCCCAAGCGUGCUGAUUUAUGCGAGGACGCAGGGGCCCAGCCAGCGGAAUACGGGGGUUCAGAGGGGGGCCACAGCCUGGGCAGCACUAGAAUCUCUGGAGCGCUUGAGAGCUCCUCUGCGGCGUCUCAUUCCACUCCCACUUCCCCUUUCCACCACCACCACCAUCAUCAUCACCCCCAUCCAGUGACUAUGGAGCCCCCCAGGACUCGAUCACGCUCGCGGUCUGGAUUUUACCACGGUGGAUUAUCUAACUCGAAUGGUAAUGCUGGGAGUGGCGGCGGUGCACUAAGUCCAGCUGGAGGAAUAAGCCACCACCAACUGCAGCUUGGAGCUGCUCAUGGACACACCGAAAACCUGCACCCACCCGGGAACACGCUUUCCCCAGACUCCCACAGACACGCAGGGCCUGGAACGCACAGAAACUCAGGAGCAGGUGCAAUGGGAGGAGUAUACCACUAUCAUUCAGAGCAUGCCUGUGCAGACGCCACUGACAAGACGGAGGAUUCUCCUAGUCCGAAGAGACAGCGCCUUUCCCAGCAGUCUGUACUGGAGUUUACCUCUGCCCCUCCUUCCACUCCCUCACCGCCAAUCAGACCAUGGGAGCUUCCGCCCAGUCGCAGGCCACACCCCUAUCCCCACCCACACUACCAUCCCGAGCGCUGCCACACACCUGCACGGCACAGACGCAGGUAUGCUGGUCUCCCUCAGGGUACAGUGCCGGUGUCAUAUACAGUUUCUCCAGUGCCGCCCCAUGGUCUACCUGCCCCCCUCUGUACGGGACAGCAUCUCCCAGCAUGCUCUUCCCAACAGCAGGUGCCUGCCUGUUCUGUGAUCUUCAGCGGACAGCAACACUAUCCAAUCUGUAGCGUACCGCCUCCUAUGUUGCCGGCAUGUUCGGUGCAGCAUUUGCCAGUGCCGUACGCCGCGUUUCCUUCUCUUCUCUCCAGUGAUCCACCCUUCCUGCUUCAUCCUCCACAUCUGUCACAUCAUCCACCCCACCUGCCCACUCCUGGACAGUUCUUACCUUUCCAGACACAGCAGUCUCGAUCUCCACUGCAGAGGAUAGAGAAUGAGGUGGAGUUGUUGGGGGAUCACCUGUCGUUAGGUGGAGGGUUUAACUAUCCUCACUCGGGGCAUCCUAGUCCUCUGCCCCCUUCCACUCCACUGCAGUUCCUCUCCCAUGAACCCCUGCCACAGGAGCUCUUUGGAAUGCCCUAUCCACACUUCAUACCUCGACGAAUCACAGGCAGACGCUACCGCUCUCAGCAGGCCAUACCUCCACCUCCUUACCACCCAAGUCUGCUGCCCUACUUCCUAUCUGUUCUUCCAGUCCAGCCAACAGCAGUGGGUCCCACCAUUAGCUUAGAGCUGGAUGUAGAUGAUGGAGAGGUUGAGAAUUAUGAGGCUCUGUUAAACCUUGCCGAGCGUCUCGGAGAAGCGAAGCCUAGAGGUUUGACAAAGGCCGAUAUCGAACAGCUGCCUUCCUACAGAUUCAACCCCAGCAACCAUCAGUCUGAGCAGACUUUGUGUGUAGUGUGCAUGUGUGAUUUUGAGUCUCGUCAGCUGUUGAGAGUUCUGCCCUGUAAUCAUGAAUUCCAUGCCAAGUGUGUCGAUAAAUGGCUUAAGGCUAACAGAACCUGUCCUAUUUGCCGAGCAGAUGCAUCUGAAGUCCAGCGGGAUUCCGAGUGAUGCUGCUCACUGAACACACACACACACACACACACACUCUCUCACACACACACACAUACACACCACUAAACACUUCAGUCAUUCUCCUACCGUUACAUUCAAUUAACUUCCACAUGCAUAAUUACUCCUCACACACAAAUGACCGCUGCAAAAGAUUCAUGAAAACUUUAUGCAUCGAAAUCAGCGUUUGAUAUUCAUCUAUGAAUAUCCAACUAACUGAGACACAUACACACACACACACACACACACACACACGCACACACACACAUCCCUUCGGUUUUUUGAUCACUAAUUCUUUGAGUGGAAGUCCAAAGGUAAUGGUUCAUAUUAUCAUUCUGGUCAUGUUCUGGUUCUGAUUUAGUUUUUUUUUUAUAUAUAAAUAUAUAUAGUUUAGUUCUCCCCUUCGGGGGGCGGGUGUUGGUAUGUUGCAGUCUUGUGUGUGUGUGUGUGAGUGAGUGUGUGUGUGUGUGUUUGUGCACUAACAUUCCCAGCUAUGUGAGCACACUGUGGUGUGGUGGUCUUUACGAAGAUUAAUGUUGUGAGCAUGGGCUUUUAUAUUUUACCAACAAAUAUAGCUAUAUAUAAAUAUGUAUGUAUGUAUCCAUAUAGAGGGACAAAUUACAAAAUUCUUAAUUUUUUGGUUUGUUUUUUAAAUAGGAAAAAAAAUUAUGGAAGUCUGUCUUUUUUUUUAAAAAUGGAACAAAAGAUUCAAAUUAUAUCUAUACAUAAAGCGGGGAUUUUGGGUGGGUCUUGCUCAAUUAUGAUUUAACAGUCUUUAUAGAAUUCGAAAACUGUGAGGUGCGUGUGUGUGCUUUUGUGUGAAAGAGAGUGUGUGUGUGUGUGUGUGUGUAUAUUCGAGAAUCAGUUGUUUGUUAUUUAUCCCAUAUGUGUGGUACAGAACACUGGCUUGUCGCUCUCACUUUUAUUCUCGUCUGGGAUUGGCUGAGGAUGCGCACUGACAUGACAUGUGAUUGGUUUGGAGGGGCAGUGAAAUAUUCUCCAAGUUCUUAUUAGAUGUAUCCUGCUGCAACCUUUUUUCUUUCUUCUGCUGUCUUACGUUUUUCAAUAUUUUCAACACAAAUAACCUUUUAAAACCAUUAAAUGUGUAUUCCCAAUCCAUAGCCAGUCCUGAUUAUGUAGACAAAUCCCCACUUUUCUCAUUUAGCACUUAGAGCACCAUAGUGUCAUUUAUAUUAUUAUUCGCCUUAAAGGGAUAGUUCAAAAUUUUGUUUUUCUCACCCUCCUCUAUGGAUUUCCUCCUUUUGUUGAACCCAAAAGGUAUUUUGAAGAACGUUGGUAACCAUACAGUUGCUGGUAGCCACUG